AGUAGCCACGCCCCCGCAGCCAUGUCGUCGCAGUUGGCGCGCAGACGCCCGGCGGUCGGGGCCGAGGGGGGAGCCCCCGCGGGAGCCCCCGCGCGCGGCGAUGCGGAGCAGGGCAUGGCGGCGCCGGGCCUGUCGCUGUGCCUCAAGCUUCUGGCCGCGGCCUUCUACGGCCUCAGCUCCUUCCUCAUCGUCGUCGUCAACAAGAGCGUGCUCACCACCUACGGGUUCCCGUCCUCGCUGUGCGUGGGGCUGGGCCAGAUGCUGGCCACGGUGGCGGUGCUGCGUGCGGGCAAAGCGCUGCGGCUCCUUAAGUUCCCCGACCUCGACUGGCACGUCCCGCGUCGGACCUUUCCUCUACCUCUCCUGUACUUCGGGAACCAAAUCACGGGGCUCUUCAGCACCAAGAAGCUGAACCUGCCCAUGUUCACCGUGCUACGGAGGUUCUCCAUCCUCUUCACCAUGUUUGCCGAAGGACUUCUGCUCAAGAAGAAAUUCUCCUGGGGCGUGCAGAUGACAGUGUUUGCGAUGAUCAUCGGCGCCUUCGUGGCUGCCAGCACUGACUUGGCGUUCGACCUGGAAGGAUAUAUUUUUAUCCUCAUUAAUGAUGCCUUAACAGCUGCAAACGGUGCCUACGUGAAGCAGAAGCUGGAUUCCAAGGAGCUGGGGAAAUACGGCCUGCUUUACUACAAUGCACUGUUUAUGAUCCUUCCCACCCUGGUCAUUGCCUACUUCACUGGAGAUGCGCAGAAGGCAAUGGAGUACCAGGGCUGGGCAGACAUGCUGUUCAUUGUGCAGUUCACCCUAUCCUGCGUGAUGGGGUUUAUUUUGAUGUACUCCACAGUUCUUUGCACUCAGUACAAUUCUGCUCUUACAACUACAAUAGUUGGCUGCAUUAAGAAUAUUUUAAUAACCUAUAUUGGGAUGUUUUUUGGAGGAGACUAUAUUUUUACAUGGUUGAACUUCAUUGGUCUAAAUAUCAGUAUUGCAGGAAGCCUGGUGUAUUCCUACAUCACCUUCACAGAGGAGCAGCUCAGCAAGCAGGCUGAGGUGGGCAGCAAGAUGGAUAUUAAGGGCAAAAGCUCGGUGUGAGCACGGAUUUGAGCUGCUGAACGUGCGCUCUGCUGAGCCCAGCGCUGGCAGAGCAGAGAGGAGUUGGAGUGUCUGCUGCCUAGUGGUGGUGAUGGCCUUUGAUUUGCACAAUCCAGAUUGCUGCCUUCAAAAAAUUAUGGGAAAGGUGAAUGACUGCACACGUAAGCAUUAAUCUGAUUAAGUCUGAUUGACUGUGAGGGAUUCCUGGCUGUUAAAUGACACCGAGGCUUGGCUCGUGUCGGUGGUGCAAGGGAUUGAACUGCAGUGGACUCCGGGGCACCUGGGAGUUGUACAGCACAGAGGUGGUGGCUGUGCCAGUCCUGCAGGCUGGCUGUGCUCCUGGGGCAGAGGUUGGUGCCCCCAGUGCUGGCUGUCACCACGUGCUGCUGCAGGCUGUUGUCUUUGCUUUAACAGAACAGGGUUUUAAUGCACUGAACAGCGGGGGCUGACUUACAUAGCACUUCUUUCCAGGUCUCUCCUUUGACUGUCUUUCGGUUUUGUUUUGUUUUUUAAACAAAACUUCUUUACAAUUUUUGGAAGAGAAGAAUUUAGUAGAGCCACGUGAGGUUUUUGUACACCUUGCUUUGUUUCUGGAACAGACGUGAGCGGCGUUAAAGCAGCCGCGUGCUUCCCAGCACCUCCUCUCUGGGGCUGCGUGCAGCUGCACGAAACCUGGCCGUGCUGCUGGCACGUGUGCUGCCCUGCUGUCCCCUGGCUGGGACAGGAUAACAGCAGCUCCAGAGCAGAGCCCUGCCAUGGCUGAAGGCUCAGGCUUUGCAGCACUGCGGGGCUUUGCUCUCAGGAGGGUGAUGAGGACGCAGCUCUGGGCAGAACUGAGCGCUGGGACGGAUCCUCAGUCCCUGCAAGUCCCCGUCCUCCACCUGCGUUUGUAACGUUGCUGUGCUGAGGCAUUUGCAGUCAGGAUGUUUAUUCUGGUGAGAGCUCUUCUUGUUUAUUGUCGAAUCUACUGGUUAGAUUUCUUGUCCAAACAGUUGAAAUGUUUUUUAAAAGCUUAUUUUGUUUGUAAAUGUGCACACUUGGGUGCCAGGUCCGGAUGGAAUUGCAUACACUGGGAAAGCAGAGUUCCUACCACAGUAUUUUCUAUGCUAUUAAUCUACUAAAAUGUUUUUCUAUACAGAAUCUAUUUACAAAAUGAGCAAUUUAGUGAUUAAAAGAUGACCUUAUUUGAAUGUACGGCGGGCUGCAUAGGUCAGUAAUAGGGGGAGAAAUAAAAGGAUUUAAUGUGCCUCAGUAUUUUUGUACUGGCUUCCAAUAAAGCAAUGAACGUC